AUGGCUUCCUCCUCAUCUUCAUCAAAGAGACAUCCACUGUACCAUGGAAUCCGAUGCCGCGGAGGAAAAUGGGUUACUGAAAUCCGUGAGCCACGUAAGACCAACCGCAUAUGGCUGGGCACGUUCCCCACGCCGGAGAUGGCCGCCGCUGCUUACGACGUGGCGGCGCUGGCCCUGAAAGGCGGCGAAGCGGUUCUCAACUUCCCGGACUCAAUUGGCAAGUAUCCGGUUCCCGCGUCCAAAUCCCCUGCGGACAUCCGCACCGCAGCCAUCGCUGCAGCUGAACUCAUGAAGCCCGAAGCCAGCCACAGCAACGUUAAUACAGUAGCUCAGUCUGAUAACACCGAGGGUGGUGGUUACGAUGAUAAUGUCGUUGCUCCUUCGUAUGAAACUGAAUUUGUAGACGAGGAAGCCAUAUUCUCCAUGCCGAGUUUGUUGGUCGACAUGGCUGAGGGAAUGCUACUAACCCCUCCCAGAAUGAGCUCACCCUCUGAUAACUGGCCCGAAAAUUAUUCUGGAGAAAAUUUGUGGAACUUUUGA